AUGGAGAGGAUUGAAGCCACACUGUCCGCUUGUUGUGCCCCUGGAUCUUUGAUGCCGGUUUCAGGCAAAGUGAAGGUCGGGAGGCUGUGUCACAGUUUAGCUGUGGUGAACGGAGCUGGAAUUAAUUGUUAUAUGGGAUCCUCUCUGAUUAGUAUGUAUGCCAAGUGUGGAUUGGUUGAGGAUGCCCGCAAGGUAUUUCACAGAAUGCAUGAGAGAAACGUGGUUUGCUGGACAUCAAUGAUUUCUGGGUACACACGGUUGGGUAAGUUUAAAGAGGCUGUCAACCUUUUUAGGGACAUGCAAAUUACUGGAAUGAAGGCUGAUGAUGGGACAAUUGCUACUGUUGUGUCUUCAUGUGCCCAAAUGGGAGCACUUGACUUGGGACGAUAUGUUCAUGCUUACUGUGAUGUUCAUGGUUUAGGGAAGGAGCUUUCUGUGAAUAAUUCACUGAUUGAUAUGUACUCAAAGUGUGGGGAUAUAAAAAAGGCUCAUGAGAUAUUCUGUGGAUUGACCAAGCGAGAUGUGUUUUCUUGGACGUCGAUGAUAAUGGGCUUUACUGUUAAUGGCCUAUGUAGUGAAGCACUCGAUUUAUUUGUUCAGAUGGAAGGAGAGGGUAAGGUUAUGCCAAAUGAGGUCACUUUUUUGGGUGUCCUUACUUCUUGUAGCCAUGGAGGGUUUGUGGAACAAGGGUUCCAUCACUUUCAGCGUAUGUCAAUGGUCUACAAUCUUGCACCAAGGAUUGAACACUAUGGAUGCAUGGUUGAUCUCUUGGGCCGUGCUAAGCUAUUGACAGAGGCAGAACAAUUUAUUAACGAGAUGCCUAUUGCCCCAGAUGUGGUAGUAUGGCGGUCUUUGUUGUUUGCCUGCAGAGCUUGUGGAGAGGUGGGACUUGCAGAAUUUGUAGCAGAAAGGAUCCUAGAAUUGGAACCAAAAAAGUGUGCAGGACACGUUUUACUUUCUAAUGUCUAUGCUACCACAUCAAGGUGGGUUGAUGUGAAUAAGUUGCGGACAUCUAUGGACAGUAGUAGGAUGAGUCAAAUAGCACAGGUGGUCGUGGAAUUUCUUGAGGUAGCAGUCAGCUGCAUCGUCUUCCUCAAAGGCUUCUAUCCUCCUCGUGCCUUUGAGAGGAGAAGGUACAUGAAUGUAGUGGUCCAGAAAGCACUGCAUCCUGAACUUGCUAGCUAUAUUCACUCCGUGACUAUUGGCCUUCUCCCUUUCAUUCAGAAGGGAUUGGUAGAGAGGGUUGUGGUCGUCUUCUAUGACAAAGGGCAUGUACCAAUUGAGAAGUUUGUCUUCAAGCUUGCAGUCAACCAAUCAUAUUGUUCCAAGUUAGAGGAGGCAAACCUGGAGUUUGCUCUGCGAGCAUUCUUGAUCAAGCUGACUGUUGCUGAGCCUGUUACCAAACCCCUUCCAUCAGAUGGUAGCUGGGAGAUCACUGCCUACUUCCGGUCCCUCCCUGCCGAUGGCGACCGAGAAGCUCAGCUGUGGAUUCCUACAGACACCAAGCUGUGGAUGCAGCCUCCGCAGAUUACCCCCAUCAAGUCAGUUAGCUGCGAUCCUCUGAAGAUGCAGCUUUACGUGGAGCAUCCUAGCCCCACGGAACCGAAGGAUCCACCAGCAUGA